ACUUCCGCGAACGUGACGCUACAAAACUAGUGCACAACUGACGUCAUGGAUGCACAGUAACUGGUGACGUUUACACAUCGGCCUGUCUGUUGUCUCUUUCGGGCUUCAGAAAAUUAGACCAAGACAUCAUACAGCCUCCAAAGAUAAAGAGUUACAGGCCAGAUAGACAAUCAAUUACAACAGGACACACCCGUCCAAGUAUAGGGGCAUUCAUGGGGAUCUUCCAGUCCAAAACCAAAGACAAGAACACAAACCCACAGAGAAGCAGACACCAGAAGUCUUCAUCCAGGGACGAAAACACAGCUCCAUCCCACAAGCUUGUCGUGUUAGAAACCAGUUUCCUGAACAAGUGUCCGAGAAUGGAUGACAAGGGCAGAAAGUACACAGCAGACUUGCAGGAAGACUCCGAUGUGGAAGAUAACGUGGAAGAACUUACUCACUACAGAGAUCAUGGUGAUAGUGACUUAAGGAACAGUGAUCAAUUGCAAAGUAACACAUCAAAUGCUGCCAAUCAUAGCACAUCACCUUUGUUAACAAAUCACCUCACAGAAAGACCUGGGACUUCAUACACAAGCAGUAAUGGGCCACAUUUUGGCCCUAGAAGGCCAUCAUCUGGCCCAUAUGAAGUCCGUAAGGAAAAACGUCGCACAGAGCCCCCAUGCCCAGAUGUAAUCCCGCCAAGCCCAAAGUACUUCAAGAGAGAUGCUCCUUUUCCUCAGUCACAACAACAGCAUCCUAAGAACACUUAUUACAGACCUUUAUGUAUGUCCUACUCAGAGACAGAAGAGUCAGACACUGAUGGUUUUUCUGAGGUCGCCCCUCUUGACUUGACCGCCACCGCUCUAAAAAACGAGUCAGGAAGAUACCAGUUGUGUUACAGUGUUCCCAGUACCUCAAAGUCAACAGAACCUACGACACUAUCCUCUUCAGAGUCCAUAGACGCAUGCAGCGAUCCAUGGAGCGUGCAUUCUUCACAGUCUUCACUCUUGUCAUCAUCAUCGUCAAAGAGACAGCUGAGUAUCAAUGAUCUGCCCCAGACAAUCUUCCUGAAGAUUUUGUCGUACCUAGGGAUGGAGGAACGGUGCAGGCAUGUCUGCCGUGUGUGUAAGUUCUGGCAUCAGAUGUGUUUCGACUCCGAGCUAUGGAGGAAGAUCGACCUACGGGGAAAGGACAAGGUGACGGAUGAUGUGCUGGGCCGUGUGACAUCCUACAGCACUAACGUGAUAUAUGUGGACGUCUCUGACUGUAACAAUGUUACAGACCAGGGCGUCAUCGCUAUGGCAAAGCAAUGUCCAAGUCUGUUGGAGUUUAAGUGCACCAGAUGCAACCAUCUGACAGAUGCUGCUUUCAUCGCUCUAGCACAAGGCUGCGCUGGUCUGCAGAAGCUGACCGUGGACGGUGUACGACAAAUCACUGAUGUAGCAUUUAAAGAAAUCUCAGCGUGCUGUAAGGAGCUGUGGUACCUCAAUGUGAGUCAGGUCAACAACCUGACCGAUGUCGGGGUCCGACACGUGGUGACUGGCUGCCCCAAGCUGACCUACCUCAAGUUCCAGGAAAAUAACAAGGUGGCUGAUUAUUCAGUGGAAGCCAUUGCAGAACACUGUCCUCAUAUGGAAGUGCUAGGCUUGAUGGGAUGCAGUGUAGCUCCAGAUGCUGUUCUUCAUCUUACCAAGUGUACCAACCUGAAGGUGUUGAAUCUGUGUCGGCUGCGUGAGCUGACAGACCACGCGGUGAUGGAGAUUGUGCGACACUGUCGCAAACUGGAGUCCAUCAACCUGUGUCUGAACUCCGGGAUCACCGACACGAGCAUCGAGUUCAUCGCACGAGAGGCCAAGUGUCUGAAGGACUUACACAUGGUGGCAUGCGCCAUCACUGAUAAAGCUCUGACCAGCAUAGGCAAGUAUAGUCACAGUCUGGAAACCGUAGACGUUGGACACUGUCCGAGUAUAACGGACGCAGGGUCCGCCUUCAUCUCCCAGAACUGUCGAACUCUCCGCUACCUCGGCCUGAUGCGCUGUGACGCUGUGCGGGAAGAAACAGUGGACGAACUUGUGGAGAAACAUCCGCAAAUCCACUUCAGUACCUUAAUGUUAGACUGUAAGAGAAUCCUGGCACAAGCCCAGCAACAGGGAUGGAAGCCUGCUCACUCCAGAUAGUCAGUCCUCAUUCUUACACCUGUCAGGAGGGUUGUGUUGUUUUCCUUUGGAAGUAGACAACAUCAAAUCUCACUGCCCUUGGUGCACCGGUGCAGGGUUCGAAACAUCACUCAACAGAUUUCAGAGAUAAAGAACAUAUUUUCUUACGUUUUGUUUAUUGUGUUGUCUUCUAAGUCAUGCUUUUACGUAUUACA